AUGUCUAUCUUUUUGUGGUUCAUUGGAGGAAAGACACCCUGUGAGUUAUUAUAUCAGCAUUCCCCUAACCUUGAUCAUUUGAGAGUGUUUGGUUGCUUAUGCUAUGCCAUUAGACUUCCAAAAGGGGACAAGUUUGCACCUAGAGCUAGCAGGGCAGUAUUUUUAGGAUAUUCAGAAACUCAAAAGGGAUAUAAACUAUAUGAUCUAGCUAAGCAAAUUUUCUUUAAAAGCAGAGAUGUUUCAUUCAGAGAACAUAUAUUUCCUUAUCAUGAAGGGAGUUCAGCAACUAAUAUUGAUAUGUUUGAAUUAACUCCUUCAAUAGAGUCCACUCCUACAUGUGUCCAGCCUAUUAUGUUAGAUCAUCCAAAUGCUCCUAUCCAAUUCACUGAGUGUCAUAUUAAAAAUAGUGUAAAAUCAGCACCAACAGAUAAUAUUGGUGUUGAACUAGGUGUUGAAGCUGUUGUACCAGCAGUUAAGGAAUCUAUACCUUUAGAGGUUCAUGCAGAAGUUCCCACCAAAUUAAGGCCUACCAGGAAUACUAAGCAGCCUACUUGGCUCAAUGAUUAUGUUACCGCUUCACAACCUUUUAGACCAUCUGCAAGUUGUACCUAUCCUAUCUCAGAUUAUAUAGACUAUUCUCACUUGUCUUCUCCUUACCAAGCCUAUUUGACUACCUUCUCCUCCACUACUGAACUUAAGUCAUUCAUAGAAGCCUCUCAGGAUAACAGGUGGGUUGAAACAAUGACUGAUGAGAGUAAUGCUUUAGAGAAUAAGGAUAUUGUAAUAAUUCUGGUAUAUGUUGAUGACCUAUUGAUUACAGGAAGCAGUCAACAGAUGAUAGAUGAAGCUCAACAGACUCUACAUGACAGAUCAGCUUUUACUCCCAUGGAGAUGAAUAUGAAGCUUACUACAGUGGAGUAUGAUUCAGGAAUGGGUAAAAGUGAUGAUCCCAUUCUAGAUGAUAUUUAUUAUUGUCAGCAGUUGAUUGAUGCGACUUUGAAAGCAGUUUGCCCCAACACUAGAAGGUCAGUAACAAGAUAUGUAAUACAGCUUGGUGAGUCGCUAAUUUCAUGGAAAUUCAAGAAGCAACACACAGUAAGUAGGAGCUCAGCAGAAGCUGAAUACAGAAGCACGACAGGAGCAGUAGCAGAGAUCAUUUGGUUGGUAUGGCUGCUCAAGAAACUCAGGGUGAAAGUCACUACACCAGUCAGGCUAUGUUGUGAUGGCAAUUCAGCCAUACAGAUUGCAUCCAAUUCAAUUUUUCACGAGAGAACCAAGCACAUAAAAAUCGAUUGUCAUUUUGUAAGGGAAAAACUCAAGGAGGGCCUGAUCAAGACAGAACAUGUUGGAACUAGAUCUCAGUUGGCAGACUUGCUUACAAAAGGAUUGGGAUUGGCAUAG